AUGUCCAUUCUGCCCACGCUGCCUGGCCUGCUUUCAAAGCUGCGGAGCCACCAUCUAAACGGACUGGCGAGGCUGUUGGCACAGGACCAAUUCUGCCCAGAUUGGGGCAUGCUGAUCCGAGACUUUUCGACUGUGAGCCACUUGCAGGCAGGAGGGGUUCUGCGCCCAGCGUACUGCAUCGGCAAUGUGCCUGUUCUGUGCGCAUCGCAGAUGGCACUGCCAACUCUGCCCAAACAACCAUGGUGCAUGGUCUCCCUGGCGAGCAUGUAUGCUGCUGAAGAACAGGCCACGGCUUACGACAGACUCCGCUCCUGCAACUCCCUGGAGGAGCUGCAGUCCAUAAUCUACGAAUUCGGACCCUACAUGCACAUCAGCGAGGUUGUGUCCACCUUCACAACCCUCAAGCGCUUUGACACCCCAGCUCCCCAGGACUUCAUCAAACGACUGAUCGACCAGGCGCUCGAGCAAGCGCCAAUGGCCCGCCCCAAGCAUGUGGCAGCCAUCUUCCACGCCUGUGCCAAACUGAGCUAUGUGGACUUCCGGCUGUUCGAGGCGCUGGCGCAGCAGGCGUUCCUGCCCUUCCAGAUCGAGGCGUUCAACCACGGGCAGGUGGCCACAACGAUAUACUCUCUGGGCACACUGCAGAAGCUGGUGCAGGAGCGGGGGCCAGGUUGGGAGGGGCACAGGCAGGGGGAAGAUUGGCCCAGGGGGCCCGGAGAGCCUGUUGUGAAGCCGGGGGACCCCGCCCGGAGGCCUGAGACCAGGCCGGAGGGGAGGCUGUUCAGCAGGCAGGAUGAUCUGGUGGCGCUGCUCACGGGCCGGUUCCUGACUAUCUCAGAAUACGACGAGGUGAACGCAUGGCACGUGUCCAACAUGGUGUAUGGCUUGUCCCACCUGCGCUUCCGCAACGAGGGCCUCCUUACACAACUCGGCAAGCUCAUCGUGGCCUCCAGCCUGCGCGAUGGCUACACCAGCCAGGGCCUGGCCACCAUCGUCACCGGCUACGGCCAGUUCAGGUUCAGGGAUGACCGAGUGCUGGACACCCUGAUGGAGGAUGCAAUCCGGCCGGCUCGAAUCGGCGAUUUCACCGAGCAGGCACUGUCGGGCAUGCUGCACGCCCUGGUGGUGGUGGGCUACCGCAACGACGAGCUAGUGCUGCCAUUUUUGAAUGAGAUGAUGAAGGAGCACAGGCUGGGGAGGUACUCCCCCUGGGAGCUGUCCAACCUGUGGGAGGCGAUGGCGGAGCUCGGCGUGUCGGAGGGGAGCAUGCUGGAGGCACUGGCACGGGAGAUGUCCAAGCCUGAGCGCAUGGUGGGCCUGUCCAAAGUGUCUUUCCACACCGUGCUGUCAAGCAUGGUCAAGCUCGGAUACCGCCACGAGGCUUUCCUGCGCGAAUUCACCCUGGAGGCCAUCAAACCCCAGAGGCUGUCUGACAUGUCCAUCCGCGACAUCAUCGGCUACAUGGCGGCCAUCGGCGAGCUUGGAGUUCAGGACCACACAGGCUUGCAUGCUCUGGUGGCCAAAGUCAUCACCCACAUCGACACCCUGGAUGAGCGUGCCCUUGCCAGCCUGGUGUACGCCCUCGGCCAGUGCAAGUUCAAAGACAAGGAAUCCAUCAAAGUCGUGCUGGAUGCCAUUGGGCAGGAAGGCCGGUUGGCCCAGUUUUCAGAGUUUUCACUGAGCUGCUUGUGCUUUGGGUUGGCUCGGUUGGACGUCCAGGACAAGCAGACGGUUGAUGCCGUGGUGGAGGCGGUGGCAGACCCGAAGCGCCUGCCGCACUUCACAGACCACGGCCUUGCGGGGGUCAUAUACGGACUGGGCAAGCUCAAUGUGCGCGACAAGGCCAAGCGCUUCCAGGUGCUCCAAGAAGGGCUUAGGCCUGAAAGGCUGCCUCGGUACACCGAGAGGGGCCUGGCGAGCGUGCUGUAUGGUAUGUCAGAUGUGGGGGAAAUCGGAGAGGAUGAGGUGCGCUGCGUGGUGGAUGAGGUGAUGAAGCCUGAGAGGCUGGAGCGCUACUCUGAAAUAGGUCUGUCCAGCAUCAUCUUCAGCCUGGGGGAGUUGAGAUACACGGACAUGGGCGUGUUCCAGCAGCUGAUGAAGGAGGUGAUCAAGCCCGAGCACCUGGGCAAGUUUUCUGAGCACGGGCUGGGGGGCAUCGUCUACGGCCUGGGCCAGGCCAGGUUCGCUGACCCCUUCUACAUCAAGAUCCUGCUGAUAGAGGUGGCCGCCCCGCAGCGCCUGCGCCUCUUCAACACGCACGGCCUGGCGAGCGUGGUGUGGGGGAUGGGCAGCAUGGGCAUCGUCGACGACUUUGCCCUUGAGCGCAUCGUGGCAGAGAUCACCCGGCCAGGUCGCCUGUGCCAGUUCUCCAGCCACGAGGCCUCCAGGAUCUUGUAUGGGCUCGGCAACCUUGGCUACCGCAGCCCCCAGGUGGACGCCAUUGUGAACGAAUGGAUGCAGCCCCAGAUGGUGGCCCGCCUGUCGAACCAGGACCUGUCGAUGGUUGUGCACGGGAUGAUGCAGCUGGGACAGAGGGAGCCUGGCCUCGUGGACAUGCUCGCCACGGAGGUGAUGCUGCCUGGUCGGCUGGAUGGCGUGAGCGAACGUGGGUUGGUCAAUUUGAUCCAGGGAUUUGGCCGCAUGCUGCCCGGCAGGCACCCCGACCUGGGGCAGCUGCUGCUGGAGCGGGUUGCCCGCGCGGAGCACCUGCCCAACUUCAUGGCCUUCAUGCUGGGGGGGAUUAUCUACGCCCUGGGGCAGGUGGGCAUCCGCAAUCCUUCCACCCUCGAGCCUCUCAUCAUGGAGCUGUCCAAGCAUGAACGCCUCCGGGCGCUCAACCCCCACGGCUUCACCAACAUUCUCUUUGGCCUCGGACAGAUGAAGCCCCCCAGCAAGAAAAUCCUCCGGCGGCUGGUCCGGACGGUCGCCCUGCCGCACAAUGUGGGAUCCUUUUCGGCCCACGGCUUGGCGGGCAACCUGUUCUCGCUGGGCAACCUCGGGAUGGCAUCGGACAGUGUGGUGGGGCCGCUGCACGCGGAGCUGCUGAGGCCGGGCAGGCUGGACGGCUGCACGGAGCCAGACAUCACGAUGCUGCUGUACGCGUUCACGCAGAACAGGCCCAAGAACAUGGAGGUGAUAAAUGCUGUCGUGGCGGCAGCUGUGUCCAAGGGGCGCCUGGAGUUGUUCCAUGAGAAGGGCCUUGCCGGCAUCAUGUACGCCAUCGCCAACCUGAACGUGCGCGAGCCCUCCCUCCUGGAGCCCGUCCUGUCAGAGAUCAGGUCCCGCGUCUCAUCCUUUUCCGACCAGAACCUCCAGAACGUCAUCCACUCCGUGGGCCACCUGCGGUCCCCCAACCGCCUCCUCUUCGACGAUUUCGCCGCUGAGCUCCUGACCCGCCGAGACCUGGGCGCAUUCACGCCCAUGGGCCUGGCCAACGCUGUGCGGGCGAUGGGCCGCGUGGGCUACUCCAACGUGGCCCUCAUCGAGGCGCUGAUGGAUGAAGUCAUGCGCCGGGGGGCUGACUGGGAGGAGGGCCCCAUGACGUCGAUACUGUUCGGCAUGGCACAGCUGCACCACAGGGACCAGCGCUUUCUGAGCUUGGUGGACCAAGCGUUGGCCGAGCCUGGGCGUCUGGAAAGCUUCACAGAGAAGUCCCUGCUCAACGUCGUGCACUCGUACCACCGGCUUGGCCACGGCGGCCCUGCCACCGUGGCGAUGCUGACGAAAGAGCUGACGAAGAAGCACAGGAUGGCGGCAUUGAGCAACGCGCAGUUGGCCGGGGCGAUGAAUCACCUGGGAAAGAUCAUGCUGCGGUCCAGGGAGCGAGCGCCAUGA